AUGGCUCCGCUUCCUCGUCACUCUUCGGACACUGCAGCAGCACCAGUGACCUGUGCAGCUGUCAGCGAUCCUUUACGUCCUGGGUUGACCAUCGGUGGCUACGAGUUGAUCGAGCGUUCCGAGCUCCUGGGUGUAUGCAAACAGGAACCGACUCUAUGGCCUGUCCAGACUCGAGACAAGAUGGAGGUUGUCGUCCAGAGACCUUUUCAAAAAGAGCCGAUGCUUGUCUGCCCGCUUCCAGGAGCUGCUGGAUUUCAGGUUCCCCCACUUCCCCAACCGCUUACGGACGUUGGCAAUCGAGAGGAAGAGAGUCCGGAAGGACCGGUGCUCGAGUACUACUACGACAUCGAAGAGGCGGAACGGAUCUACGUGAACGCCCAUUAUCGGCUCAAGAAGAAGUUUGAUGCAGGGUCGCACGGCGAAGUUUGGCGAGCAACGCGACGUCAUGCACGGGGUCACCCCCAGGAGCACUUUGUGCUCAAGAGACUGUUCCUCGAGCUAGGAGAGAGUAUGGUGCAAAUGGGGAUGCGGGAAGCGCACUUUGGAGAGCUCCUGCGGACGGAACCUCACGUGACUCGCUUUGUCGAGUAUUUCUUCCGAUCUAGAGACGUGAUGGAGGAGAAGGAAGAGGGCCGAGCUCAAGUGACACCUGAACUCUGGCUGGUAUUUUAUGAUGAAGGCAAGUCGUUGCGGCAGUAUUUAUAUGAGAAGUUACAAGUCGUGAAUGGUCAUGGCCAUGGGGAUGCCGGUGUGGUUUUGCAGCCGUCCCCGUUUUGGAAGAAACUUCGUGCGGACGGUCGUGGGGAAAGCGCGUUGCGGGAGAUCAUGUGUCAACUGCUGCAGGUGGUAGCAGCUUUACAUGCACGUGGCAUUACGCAUCGGGACAUUAAACCGUCGAAUAUCCUCGUGUCGAUCCCGCCAUCCACGUCGAUUACUGCGACUCCAUCAAAGCCAGUGGUCAAGCUGGCUGACUUUGGCUCGGCAGUUGAUGACUAUACGCUGCGUAACUUGUACGCCGCACCUGGUGGCAAUGGUGCUGCUGCAGGACCCUCUCAAGCUGAAGAGACACGAGAGUAUCAGCCACCUGAGGUGUUAUUCAGCGACAAUGGGCAGCCGUACGAUUAUACCGCUCCUGAAGCCUACGAUCUCUGGUCUGUCGGUGUCGUCUUCCUAGAGAUGGUCCUGGGCUCUCCGCAAGUGUUCCUGAUCUCACCUCGUGAACGAGCCAAGCUGGACGUUGUGCUCGAUGCCCAACGUCGAACUUAUCGACAGACACAUGCAAGGUAUAGCACAAGCAGCAACGAAGCGGAUGUGGAAACAAGAUGGCGCACGAAAGCUUACUUGCUGCACGUCCUUACGCACGAGUUCUGCAUCUUUCAACCAGCGCCACAACAGCUACGUUCGUUGUGGGACAAGUACGCGCUCGUGAGCGAAAGCUGUCAUUUCGGACGGUUCAACCAGACCGUCAUCGAGAGAGACCCGUUGAAGCGUGGACUGGAAGACUCGUGGGGACUCGACCUGAUGUGGAAACUGCUGCAAUGGAAUCCCUCGGAACGGAUUCCAGCUGCCGAGGCACUGCAACACGCGUAUUUCCAAGGACCGUACGUCUGUCGGCAGUCCGGUCGUCAAUUUGCCACGCGCCAAGAGCUUUUGCUGCAUGGACGCUAUCUCGAAGCUCAACGAGCACGAGAAAGUGUUUUUGCGUCCAUGGUACGGGCCAAGUACGAGCUGCCUGACCGCUUUAGUUGCUUGCAUUGUGGCCGUCAAUUUGCCACCGCACAGAGCUGUGAACAGCACGUUUAUGCCCGUCGACACGAUACCGUGUCAAGUUUCUGUGCGUUCGAAGACCUCGAGAUUUCCUCGGCGAUUCAAAUGGAGUCACAGCCGCUGUACGUCCAUCCAGUUCUUGAAGAAUCAGCAGUGGGCAUUGCAUUGUUUCAAGGUCGGAAGAAGUUCAUGGAGGAUUUCGUCCUGGUGCUCUCGGAGCAGCAGCUAAAAGAGUCGUGCGUCCAAGAUGGCACAACUGCAUUGGGGUUUGAUCUCUACGCUGUGGUGGAUGGCCACCUUGGCUCUGCAGCAGCGACGUUCGUAGUGGAGAACCUGCCUCAUGUCUUGUGCCGCCACUUUGCUGCCAUUGCCAAGUCAAGUGAAGACUCAACUCCAUUGGACGUGAAGGUGUCCAGCAGCACAGCAGGUAACACCAGCUCGGCCAGACAAGAACUUGCUGAAAAGUUCGCCCUACGUCAAACCUUUCUCGAACUGCACGAAGGCUUCCUCGACUCUCUGGAAAAAGCUGCAUCGCCUACUGCUCAAGGUCGUAACAACUCGGCAAUAGCUGGCGAGGAUUUCUCAGGAUGCACGCUGACGAUGGUGCUCCAUUUCCGUCACCAGCGACGUGUUGUUAGUGCAAAUGUAGGUGACUCGCGAGCUCUGGCCUGGCUUCCAGACACCUUGGUGACGCCUGACGGACCACGUGACCAUUUUGCUCAUAUCGUUCCUUUGAGUAUGGAUCACUGGCCAAAUGAUCCAGGAGAGCGUUCCCGAAUCGAGUCCAGUGGCGGGUUUGUCGAGUUCUCUGGGCUAUGGAGAGUCGUGGGUCAAUUGGCAGUCUCCCGUAGUCUAGGAGAUCGUCAUUUGCGCAAGUUUGUGACUGCGGAACCCUCUGUCUUCCAUGCACAGCUUGAUAGCAGCAAAGGUGGUGGAUACCUUGUCAUUGCUAGUGACGGUCUGUGGGAAACAAUGAGCACCGACGACGUCGUGCGGUUCCUCAAUGAGCGACAACCAAACGGACCUGGACGAGAAGGGAACCGAACGCACGAUGAGGCUGCGACAUUAAAUGACCUGGCAACUAAACUCCUGACCGAAGGCUACGUCCGUGGAAGUCUCGAUAACAUGGCGCUCGUGCUCGUCUCCCUGCCUUCAUAA